AUGACGACCGUAUCGACACACGGCUACACAAAAGCCUUCCACACCCUCGUUGGCAUCAUAAACGAAGAGCGAUCUGAAUGCUUCACCUUCUUCGGUAACACGGACGACACUCGCAUCAUACCCCGAUCGCCUACGAAACAUGCCGUCGAAUCCUUCGAGCUCGUGACACCAACCGGCGAUAAUGGUCACGCGUCCUUGUCUAUCAGCACCCGAUGGAAGCUGGUCGAUGGCAACAAAGAGCUCUACAUCCACCGCUACUGUGAUGAAAGGCCCUCAUGGACACCUGCCAGGCACUGUUUGAGACGGUGUUACGGCGAGACCGUGCGUAAUGCUGGCCUCUGGUCGGACUACGUCCGCUUAGGACAGAAGUUUCCCUUCAUGCGCCUACCGAAAGAGCUUCGCUACAUGGUCUUCGAAGCUCUAGUAGGACCGGUCCUGCGGCCCCGCAUCCGUCAACCGCAGUUUAGCUGGAAGCCGAUAAAGCUGUUAAGAACACCUGAAGGCGAGCUGAUAAAUGAGGGAACGUCCACUCCCGACACGUCGCAGGGUCCUAUAGAUCCCCGUCUCGUUUGGCCUUUGAGGCUGGAUGUCGAGGACCCGGAAUGGGAUAGGGUGUCCCCACGUGCAUCCUUCUGUCCGGCCCGAUGCCCGUGUACCCUGCAAUAUCAUCAAGCCAGCAGCGUUGUACCGCUAUUGCUAGUUAGUAAGACGUUCACGAUCGAAUUUCAGAACAUUGUAUGGGAAGCUACCACCAAGCACUUUGACCGCGUACACGACAUUGUUGAGACCAUCCCGAAGAUGCAGGCUCUUCCAUUCAUGGCCCUUCGCCGGAUAUCCCUCAGAUUGGCAAAUCUAGACUACUUCCGGCUACUCAAUUACAGAGAUGGCCCUGCAGAAGAUACGGGCCCACUGGGGCUGGGGCUGCUCAUGGGCUUGGAAAAUCUGCAGUUUUUGGAGAUCGAAUUUACGACCGGCCCGCCAAGGUGGCGUCCAGGUCAAAUUCGAAUUCCGAGUGAUGAAGGAUGGGCCGAUCCAUUCUCUGUGUACGAGACCUCAUGCCAAGCUGUACUGGUUGACUGGUUCUUCAUGGGGCUGUACAUGAAGUUCGUAGAGGCGAAGACGGACACUCGCCUCGUCCCGCAUAUCACGUUCACUGGCCAUGUCAAGCACAGUACUCGCGCUAUAUGGGAGCCGAUUUGGCGGGGUUUGAAGUGGGGUGUUCGCCACGACUUCUCACGCAAGAUUGCGAGAAUCAAGGCGACUCCUGUUCACGAACUGUAA